AUUCCCAUUUUUCUUUCUUAGGCUGACCGGGUACCAAUGGAAGGGUUCUACUGUUCCCUGGCUGCCUUCCCGCCGGUGUAAAACCCUUUGCCGGCGACGUUCGCCGCUUUCUUCAUCUCUAUCCAUAUCUAAUUUCCCGUCAGAGGCAACACAGUCUACGCUCCUCCACCGCCGUUCAUGUCAAGAGUUUCGAGAAUGAAAUCGCUCCUUCUGAAUGCGACACUUCCCAAGCCCGCACCUCUCUCCACCCGUUUCCCGCAAUCCAUUGUUCCCCGGAGGAGAAGCUGCUUUCGUCUUUCCAGGCAAUUCCGUAGCCCUAGCUUCUUCGUUCCUACAGUGAGCCCCUGGAAUGUGGUCUCUCCGCUAGGGAUUUCUGCUGCUUCGGAAUGGAAGGGGGUUCGGAGCUUCCUAAAUGAGGGUUCGCUCCCAGAAUCCGGGGAGAUUCAUGUGAUUCUGGGGCCAAUGUUUGCUGGCAAAACCACCACUCUUCUGCAAAGAAUCAAAGCCGAGAGUGUUAAUGGCAGAAACGUAGCGAUAAUAAAGUCAGAGAAGGAUAAUAGAUACGGAUUGGACUGUAUUGUGACACAUGAUGGAGAAAGAAUGCCAUGCUGGCCUUUGUCAAAUCUGUCGUCAUUCAAACAGACAAUUGGUUCUGGAGCAUAUGAUAAGUUGGAGGUGAUUGGCAUUGAUGAGGCACAAUUUUUUAAGGAUCUAUACCAGUUUUGCAGUGAAGCUGCCGAUCAUGAUGGAAAAACUGUAAUUGUUUCUGGUUUGGAUGGCGACUACCUAAGAAGGAGCUUCGGUUCGGUGCUUGAUAUAAUCCCUAUUGCAGAUACUGUAACCAAAUUAACUGCUCAAUGCGAAGUUUGUGGGGAUCGUGCACACUUUACGCUUAGAAAGACUGAGGAGAACAAGACAGAACUGAUAGCCGGGGCGGAUGUCUAUAUGCCUGUCUGUCGUAAGCACUUUGUGAGUGGCCAAGUGCUGAAAGAAGCCACUAGAGAUAUCAUUGAAGCUCAGGUGUGUGUCCAUGGCUGACCCAUUUAGGCGACAGCUAGUUUAGGGUAUAAUCGUGAACUCAUUUCUAUGAAACUUUUAGGCUUGGCCAUGUUAGUUAUAUGAUCACCUAACUUCGUAGGGGUCAGGUAUGCUUACACACAUCCUCCCUACUUCUGUGGGAUUCUACUGGAUCUGUUUGUU